AUGUCUGGCAAUGCGGGCAUGGAGAGUCUCAUACCUUUAGUGAAUAAACUACAGGAUGCAUUUUCAUCACUAGGAGUUCCACUUAAUCUAGAUUUACCUCAAAUUGCUGUUGUUGGCAGUCAGAGUGCUGGAAAAAGUAGUGUUUUGGAGAAUUUUGUAGGAAGAGACUUUUUGCCGCGUGGGAGUGGUAUUGUAACCCGAAGACCCUUGGUACUACAGCUAAUUACGUCAGACACAGAAUAUGCUGAAUUCCUGCAUAUGAAGGGCGUAAAGUUUACUGAUUUUGAUGAAGUCAGAAAAGAAAUUGAAGCUGAAACGGAUAGAGAAACCGGAACAAACAAAGGCAUAUCAAAUAAGCCUAUUAACCUGAAGAUUUUUUCUCCUAACGUUCUUAAUCUGACAUUGAUUGAUCUUCCUGGCAUGACAAAGGUUCCAGUUGGUGAUCAGCCUCAAGAUAUUUCGACUUUAAUUGAAGACAUGAUUCUGAAUUUUAUCAACUGUGACUAUUGUCUCAUCCUAGCAGUUUCACCAGCCAAUUCUGACUUGGCGAACUCUGAUGCUCUAAAGAUUGCCAGGGAAGUUGAUCCUCAAGGACUUCGAACUAUCGGUGUGAUUACAAAGUUGGAUUUAAUGGACCAUGGAACGGACGCACGUGAUGUUUUGGAAAACAAACUUCUGCCCCUUAGAAGAGGCUACAUUGGUGUUGUAAAUAGGAGUCAAAAGGACAUUGAAGGCAGAAAGGAUAUCACAACCGCCAUAGCUGCUGAACGGAAAUUUUUUCUAAGUCAUCCAUCGUAUCGUCAUAUGGCCGAUCGCAUGGGUACGCCAUAUUUACAAAGGGUUCUUAAUCAGCAACUGACAAAUCAUAUUCGUGAAUCAUUACCUGGCCUUCGCAAUAAACUUCAGUCGCAAAUGUUGGCAAUGGAAAAGGAAGUUCGGGAGUAUAAGGCUUAUCAACCCGCCGAUCCUUCAUUUAAAACGAAAGCUCUGAUGAUAGCAGUGCAGGGUUUUGAAGUGGAGUUUACACAGACGAUCGACGGUUCAGGAUCGGAAAUUGACACCAAGACCUUGUCGAGGGGCGCUAGGAUCAACCGCAUAUUUACAGAACGUCUCCCUUAUGCCUUGGCCAUGCUUCAAAACGAUGGAGAGGAAUUACGAAGAGAUAUAAGUUUCGCCAUUCGCAAUAUUCAUGGAAUUCGCUCUGGAUUGUUUACUCCCGAUCUGGCUUUUGAAACAAUCGUCCGAAAACAGAUUGAGCGCAUGAAAGAACCUUCACUAACUUGCGUCGAUCUGGUAGUCGAGGAGCUAAUUCAAAUUGUUCAUGAUUGUGCUAAUAAGAUGGAGUGUUUUCCACACUUGCGGGACGCAACAGAACGUAUCGUGACUGAACGAAUCAAGGAAAGGCAGGCAAACGCAAGGGAAAAAAUCUACCUCCUAGUUGACAUUCAAUUGGCCUAUAUAAACACCAAUCACGAGGACUUUAUAGGCUUCGCAAGCGCUGAGCAACCAUCCUCAGAUGUGAACAAAGUCAAAUUAGGCAACCGCGUCAUACGAAGGGGUUGGUUGGGUCUGCAGAACAUCGCUCUAAUUCGGGGUGGCAGUAAAGACUUCUGGUUCGUCCUCAAUGCGGAAACGCUCACAUGGUACAAAGAUGAUGAUGAAAAGGAAAAGCGAUAUGUCCUGCUUUUGGAUGGUCUGAAAGUCAAGGAUGUAGAGUCAAGUUUCUUUGGAAAGAAGAACGUUUUUGCAUUAUUCUAUCCGGAUGGUAGAAAUGUGUACAAGGACUACAAGCAGCUGGAGCUAAGCGCGGAGUCAGCGGAAAUGGUGGAUUGCUGGAAGGCCUCGUUCAUGCGCGCCGGUGUGCACCCCGUGAAACCCACUCAGCAGCAUCUCCAACAACAACAACAACAAGAGCUAUCAGCAGAACAGCUUCCAGAAAAUGGCGAUCCCCAAUUGCAACGGCAGGUAGAAGUUAUCCACAACCUCGUGGAGUCAUACUUAAAGAUUGUACAUAAAACUCAACGGGACUUGGUGCCGAAGAUGAUUAUGCAUAUAAUUGUGAAUGAAAUGAAAACGUUCCUGAAAAGUGAACUUCUCCCUAAUCUUUAUCAGGCAGGAGAUAUUCAAGUUUUAAUGUCGGAGUCCCUAGAAACGCAAACAAAACGGGAAGAAACCCUGCGCAUGUAUGAGGCUUUGAAGGAGGCACUACGAAUUGUUGGCGAAGUGGCCACCAACACUGUCUCAACACCCGUGCCUCCCCCUGUCAACGACGACUGGAUGCCCAGUGCACUCUCCCACCUGUCGGACUUGGCCCCUCCGUCGGGGCUUGCCCCUAGUGGAGCAAGUUCGGUGCAACAACCUCGAAGUCCCGGGGGUACACGGCGUCCACCCCCGCAACCCCCAGGUGCCCCAAUCCGACCCACCCCCUCACCCCAGCGACCCGGAACCCUGCCCUCUCCCCUCAUUCCGCAAGCGAACACCCCCUCGGUGGUGCCGAACGGCCCACCGAACUGCGGGGCGGCUGCCCCUGAGGUUGCUGGCAGACAGCACCUCUGUCUGUUUGUCCCGGCCUUGCCCUGA